CUGGGAUUCCCAAGUGUGUGUUGGGGGCGGGGGGCGGGGCGUCUGUAGGACCAAGUCCAACUAGCAGCUGGCUGCACCCUGCUCCUUCCAGCAGGAGACUUUCUGCUCUUAGGAAGCACUCAAGAGCUAUCUCUGGUUUCCUCCCACACUAUCCUGGGCCCUACAUUGUCUGUCACCUGCUGUCUAUGGUGAGGGCCCACGCCACCACCCCCAACUUAUUUUAAAGUCAGUUUGUAAUUGUACCUGUGCCUACAGACACCCUCCCUCCCAACCUGCCUGGGUUCAAGCUGCUUUGUGAACUCCAGCAGCAAGCGGCAGCUAUCUCUGACUGCAAGUUCCUGCAUCAAAGGCUUUGCUUGCAGAUAGGGCUCCCUUGUCAGGCAUCCAACCUCUCAGUCAGCAGGUCGGUUUAUUUCUCAGAACAAAUCAAUACACGAAGAUGGUUUUUGUCAUCUUUGCAUUCCACAUCGUUUUCUCACUAAACACAGGUCGGUCAAGAGGAUGAAAACCAAGCGCCAGGCAGGCGCCUUCCUAGUCUGCAUUCAAUGCAUGACUCAGAUGGCUUCUUCCUCAUACUCAUUGACACAUUCUAUCUUUCUCCACGUAUACAAUGUGCAGUUAUUAGAGCUGUAACCAUAAGAAGGUAUAGAUUGGGAGUUGUGGAGAGAUGGCUCAAGUAUAAGCAUGCAGCUGUCCUACCCGUUAGCAUCAAUGUGGGUUCCUCAUGGCCUUUUCCCAGCAAAGCAGCAGGGCAUGGACGAGGGAGAUCUGUGUUCAGGCAGGGAAAAAAACGUCAGCUGUGGCACCAGGAGCACAAGCUGAACCACCUCUGCUGGGACUGAAUUGAGUGGAUGUGGCGAUGCUACACAAAAGAGUCCCCAGAGUCUAAAAGCUGGCUGGUUCCAGUACUGGAGGGCGGAGCCUAAGCCAUCACCAAUCAGCGUCGCCGGAGGAGGGCCGCGGGUGCCCUGCGGAGCCCGCAGUUCCUGAGACCUGAGCGCUCGGAGACGCGGUGACACGGCGCGGGACUGGCGCAGAGCUCUCGGGCUCCUCAGCCUCCCUCCCCUCCCCUCCCUUCGCUGUCUUCUCCUUCUCAGCCGGACCGGAACUAUGUGAUCCCGGAAGUUCCGGGGCCAUUGCUGUGUGGGAUAAACAGUAAUGGCGGAGGCUGCGGCUCCCGGAACAACAGCCACAACAUCAGGAGCAGGAGCGGCAGCGGCGGCGGUGGCAGCGGCCUCCCUCACCUCUAUCCCCACAGUCGCUGCCCCGUCCCCGGGGGCGGGAGGAGGGGGCGGCGGCAGCGACGGCAGCGGCGGCGGCUGGACGAAACAGGUCACCUGCAGAUACUUUAUGCAUGGGGUUUGUAAGGAAGGCGAUAACUGUCGAUACUCUCAUGACCUCUCUGACAGUCCAUACGGCGUAGUGUGCAAGUAUUUUCAAAGAGGGUACUGUGUUUAUGGAGACCGCUGCAGAUACGAACACAGCAAGCCACUGAAACAGGAAGAAGUGACUGCUACUGAUCUGAGUGCAAAACCAUCCCUCGCUGCUUCCUCAAGUCUCUCUUCUGGUGUUGGAUCACUUGCUGAAAUGAAUUCAGGCGAAGCUGAGUCACGAAACCCAAGCUUUCCAACUGUAGGAGCAGGUUCAGAGGACUGGGUGAAUGCCAUUGAGUUUGUCCCUGGGCAGCCCUACUGUGGCCGUACUGCCCCUUCCUGCACUGAAGUACCCCCGCAGGGUUCAGUGACCAAGGAAGAGUCAGAGAAGGAGCCAACUACGGUGGAGACAAAGAAGCAGCUUUGCCCCUAUGCUGCAGUGGGAGAGUGUCGCUAUGGGGAAAACUGUGUGUAUCUCCACGGAGACUCGUGUGACAUGUGUGGCCUGCAGGUCCUACACCCAGUGGAUGCUGCCCAGAGGUCACAGCACAUAAAAUCUUGCAUUGAGGCCCAUGAGAAGGACAUGGAGCUCUCUUUUGCUGUUCAGCGCAGCAAGGACAUGGUGUGUGGGAUCUGCAUGGAGGUGGUCUAUGAGAAAGCCAACCCCAGCGAGCGUCGCUUUGGGAUCCUCUCCAACUGCAACCACACCUACUGUCUCAAGUGUAUUCGCAAGUGGAGAAGUGCUAAACAAUUUGAGAGCAAGAUCAUAAAGUCCUGCCCCGAAUGCCGGAUCACAUCUAACUUUGUCAUUCCAAGUGAGAACUGGGUGGAGGAGAAAGAAGAGAAGCAGAAACUCAUUCAGAAAUACAAGGAGGCCAUGAGCAACAAGGCGUGCAGGUAUUUUGAUGAAGGACGUGGGAGCUGCCCAUUUGGAGGGAACUGUUUUUACAAGCAUGCGUACCCUGAUGGCCGUAGAGAGGAGCCACAGAGACAGAAAGUGGGAACAUCAAGCAGAUACCGGGCCCAACGAAGGAGCCACUUCUGGGAGCUCAUUGAGGAGAGAGAGAACAACCCCUUUGACAACGACGAAGAGGAGGUUGUCACCUUUGAGCUGGGCGAGAUGUUGCUUAUGCUUUUGGCUGCAGGUGGGGACGACGAGCUGACAGACUCUGAGGACGAGUGGGACUUGUUUCACGAUGAGCUGGAGGACUUUUAUGACUUGGAUCUAUAGCAGCGUUGCGUGGCGCGGGCACUGGUCUGCGGAGCCUCAGACAGUAGCUGUCCCCUGUGCUGUGUGGCAGUGCGUGUGGCUCUCCUAGGCAGGCCUCUCAAACUCCAGGUGCUGUGAUCACUUCCCAGGGCCUGUUCCUCUACCCUCACCUCCCCCAAGAGUGUGUUGUUUUCUCUGUUUCAAAAGUUACAAAAAUAAAUCUUAAAGUUAGUUUUUUGUAACAUGAAUUUAACUGUCAGACAGUUAGUGUAGGUUUGUUGCGCCAUCUGUCCUCAGCCAGGUUGUGUUCAUGGACUUUGCACACUCAUUCUGAGACCCCUUUGAGGUUCAAAGGAAAAAGCACUGAUUGCUUUGGGGUCCAAGGAUAGGGGCAAUUGGGAAAAAAGGGACCUAAGUCGCUCUCUGCGCUAGAUGUGGGAGGGCUCCCCGAGGUUUCUGGGAGAUCUGCACCUUCAUGGUUUAGAGCUGUUCCCUGCCCUGUAAUCCCCUACAUGUGCUUGUCCUGUGGGUUUGGGUUCUUGUUCAGUUGCACGCAAGAAAGACUACUGGGUAACCAGAACCAGGUGCAAAUGUGUUGAGGUUAACCUGAGAAAAA